AUGAUCAGCCGAUCACGGGAUCACAUCGUUGCGCCUAAGCCCUUUUGGGCUGCAAAACUUACCGCUAGUAGGGGGUUUGUUGCGUACCUUGGAGCCUCCACCCUUGCUGAGCAUCCCAUUCCUCCCGUCAGGCUUCUUGGGCUGGCACACGGGUUUCCACACCAACGCUCAACCAUCUCCACCACCACCACUACCACUACCAAUACCAAUACCAACUACCACUGGGCACUACGGUCUCCCACCGCCCGCUUCCACCACUUGCCGCCGCUGUCGAUCAUCCCUGAACCUACUUCUUGA